AUGGCGCCCAAAUCCCAUCCAAGGCCCUUUCGGCGGCCGGAGAUCCAGCUCUACCCUGCUGCGCACGAGACGGGGUACAUCCGCACUCUGCCCGAGGUCGUCGAGUUCAAUGCAAAGGAGAACCCGGACCAUGUCUUUUGUUUGCAGGCGAAGAAGAAUCCAGCUGGUUCGGUUCCGUCGCUUAUUUCCGUGACGAAUGUCCAGCUCAGAGAUGCUAUUGCGCACUGCGCGGAUUGGCUGCGGUCUAGUAUUCAGCUCCAGCUCCCCACUGCCUCCGAGGAUGGGACUAUCAGGAAAGGCGCACCCGUCGCGCUCCUCUUGGAGAGCGAUCUCGGGCUGUGGAUCUACGAGAUGGCUCUCUUGGGUCUCGGGGUUCCAGUGCUGUUGAUCUCUACCAGACUGAGCACCACCGCUGUGGCCAGUCUUGUUGAGCGCACCUCUGCAUGUGCAAUCCUCGCCUCACGACGCCUCGAAGCCACCGCGCGCGAAGCAGCACAUGGAAUCCCUAUACGCUCACCACUGUCAAUCGAAACCCUCCUCUCGCACCCCCCACAAUCAAAUCCAACCCCCAACAUCUGCCACCCACACCACUACAUCGACGAAUCCGACCGGAACGUCGUAAUCCUGCACUCAUCCGGCACAACGGGCCUCCCCAAACCAAUCUACGUUUCCCACCGCCACCUACUCUCCUAUGUGAACAACCACUGGCUGCACGACGAGGCCCAAGCGCAGGGCAUCAGUGUCUCGACUCUCCCGCUCUACCACGGCUUCGGGUACGUCGCGCCAACACUGGCCAUGGGCGUCGGUAAAGCAGUCUGCUUCCCACCUGCGUCUGUCGUUCCUAGUGCGGGGUCGACGAUUGAUCUUCUCAGGGUCUCCGGCGCCUCGUCGCUCAUGACCGUCCCCUCGAUCCUCGAAGAUAUCAUGCUUACGGGUGAGCUGGGUAUUCGAGCUCUAAAGGGGCUCGACUUUGUCGCCUUCGGCGGCGGAAUCCUCAAGCCAGCCGUGGGAACACAACUCGCAGCCUCGGGCGUCCGCCUCCUAAACCACUACGGCACGACAGAAACAGGCCCGCUCGCACCGAUCUUCGUCCCAGACGAUACCUACGACUGGCGGUACUUCCGGCUCCGCGACGGCAUGCGUCUACAGCUCGACGAGAUCGCUCCGUUUGGCGACGAGCGCCGAUUCAAACUCACCACGUACCCCUUUGGACUCGGGGCGCCCUUCGAGAUCCAGGAUCAGCUUGUGUGUAACCCGCAGCAUCCGGAGACGGAUUUCAGUGCUGUGGGACGGAACGACGAUACGAUUGUACUUGCGACGGGGGAAAAGGUGCAGCCGCAGAUGCUCGAGGCUGCGCUGUGUGAGUGUCCGCUGGUGAAAGCGGCUGUUGUCUUUGGGGAGAAUCGAUUUGAGAUUGGCGUUAUUGUACAGCCGGUUAGGGAGUUGGUGGAGGAUGAUGAGACUGAGGGAUUCAAGCAAAGUAUUUGGCCGAUUGUUGAGGGUGUUCGUGUGAAGAUGGAUGAGCAUGCGCGGAUCCAAUCGGCCGAGGCUGUUCUCAUUGUCCCGAGUACAGUUAUCCUAGCAAGAACGGAUAAGGGAUCUCUAGCACGCAAGGACGUGUAUAAGAUGUUCGAGGCUGAGAUCGUGCAGGUGUACGAGAAGCUCGAAUCCGCGGGUCCGGCCCAGGUACUGCAGUGGGAUACGCUCGAGCAGGACUUGACGGCACUCAUCUCAAACUGUGUCGACUGGAAGGAUGACUGGACCUCUGAAGACGAUUUCUUCGAGCGCGGGAUGAAGUCUCUCCAGGCGGUUCGCGUCCGUCGUGCCCUGGUCAUUGCUGUGACUCGGUCGUUUGAGGGGGUCAUUCGACCGGAGUGCAUCACUCGCGAGUUUGUCUAUUCACACCCUUCUGUGCGUAGUAUGGCGGAGUUCUUCCGCGGUGCUCUGAAGCAGACCAAUGGUGACGUGUCGCCAGAUGCUGAUGCCGAGGUGGAUGCUUUCGUGCACAAGUACAUCCUCGACCGGCCGAGUGCGACUCCCCCUAAGCAGCAAGCAGUGGUGCUGCUAACAGGCGCGACGGGGAGUCUGGGCUCGCACUGCCUCGUCUCCCUCCUCGACUCUCCGCAGGUCAAAAGGGUAAUCUGUCUCGUUCGGCCUGAUCCCUCGACAGACGCCAGAUCUCGGCUACAGAGAUCCCUCGAGGCGAAACAGCUCCGUCUCCCAAAACUCCAUCUGUCCAGGCUCGACGUCCUCGAAUGCACCACAGCAACCGACCUCCUCGGUCUGUCCUCAGAAGAGUACACCACUCUAAUCAACUCAGUAACGCACAUCCUCCACAUGGCCUGGCCCAUGGACUUUCACUGGAAACUCCCCUCCUUCCACUCCCAAUUCCAAACCCUCCACAACCUCCUCACUCUCGCCCGCAAAAUCCACCAAACACGACCCCACAUCAAGCCCCGACUAACAUUCAUCUCCUCCAUCGCGACUGUCGGUCGGUACGCCCGGGUCCACGGGGGGCGAAUCAUCCCCGAGCAACCCGUCGAUUCAGUCGACUGCCUCAACCCAUUCGGGUACGCAGAGGCCAAGCUCGUCUGCGAGCGGAUCCUAGAGCAUGCGCGUGAGAACUAUCCCGAGGAGAUGGAGGUCGGCUACAUCCGUGUUGGGCAGGUCGCGGGGUCCAGCGAGACGGGGUACUGGAAUGGGAAUGAGCAUUUUCCGGCUCUUGUGGCGUCGUCGAAGAGUCUUGGGGGGCUACCGGAGUUGCACCAUACCCUCUCCUGGCUCCCCGUCAACCACGCCGCAAGCGCCAUAUGCGAAAUCCUCCUCUCCCCCACCCCCCUAUCGCUAAUCCACCACCUCGAAAAUCCCAUCCGCCAAUCCUGGCACGACCUGCUGCGUAUCCUCUCCGACGAACUCAACAUCCCUCAAAUAUUACCCAUAGACCAGUGGCUAGACCGGGUCUGGAAUACACCCAUCGAGAACAACAAUCCCGCGAAGAAGCUGUAUGAUUUCUUCGCGGAUGAUUUUCUGCGGAUGGCGUGUGGUGAGGUUGUUAUGGGAACGGAGUGUGCGAGGGGGGUUUCGAGGACGCUGAGGGGGAUGGAUGCUGUAAGUGCUGAGACAGCUAGGGGAUAUGUGAGGUAUUGGAGGGGGGUUGGGUUGUUGAAGUAG